AUGUCUCAAUAUUCGUUGUCUCCACAAUAUUACAAAAUAUUAAACCAACUCAAGAAUCAUAUUGAAACCUUUAAUAUGUCUUUAGAAGAUGUAAGGAAAAAUAAUUUCACUCCUACAACAAUUCCAGAUAAUUUCAUUGUGGACGAGGUUAAAUUGGAUGAAAUGAGAUCAGCUGAAAUGAGUCGUUUCCUUACUUGUAAAAUUGCCGAAACUGCUGAAUGUCCAGUUUUUUCAAUAAAUUAUCGACUUUCUCCAGAACAUCAAUUUCCUGCUGCACUUUGUUCUAGUGCUGGUGGUGAAUUGGCUGUUGCUACUGCAUUAUUCCUCCGUGACGCUGGUUUGCCAUUGCAUUGCCAUAAGGGUUUGUUUUAUGGAAUUCCUAAGUUUAAACCACUUUCUUCUUCUAUGUCAAUUGAAUUCCAUGAACGCGUAAAAAUUCUUGCAGAAAAAAUUAAGCAAAAAAAACCAAAAGUGGUCAGUCAUCCUUCUUUUACCAAAGUUCCAAGAUUUAGAUUAUAUUGCGCAAAUGUAGCUUUAGCCAUUCCUCAUGUUAGUCCAAUGUUGGCUGAAAGCUUGGGAAAUUUUCCACCUAUUUUAUGCAUAAGUGGUGGAGAAAGAUUGGCAGAUUCAAAUGGUUUAUUUAGCUUUAGAGCUUCUUAUCCGAAUAAAUUUCAAGUUCCUAAAUAUGCUACAGUGAAUUUUGCUAAUUCACCAUUCAAAAAGCCCACUGAAGUCAUCCUUGAAGUUUAUGAUGAAUUGUUCACUGUUUUCAACAA